CAACGAAAAUGGCCGAUCAUUCCAACCCUGUUACGAAGAACGACCCUGGGUUGGAAUGCAUGCCCCAAGAGUUUGGAGCUUUCGUCAAUCUGGUUCAUGAUGCCCUCAAGGAGUUUCGACCUCCCAGUGGGAAGGGCACGAGGUCAGACAUUCACCUGUGCCCAUUCGCAUCGCCCCCAACAUUCAAACGGAAAAUAGCUAGAGACAUCUUCCCCUUGAUUACCUCCUCUAUUCUCGUAGUUCGCGCCCAUUGGGCGAUGGACCAGCACUCCCCGGGCGCGGCAACAGACCUCAUGCCACUGGACAUUUCUCCGCACCAUCAUGGGGACAGGCGGACAGUCCCGUACUGGUCGAGCAAGAUACCAGAACGCCUGGUUGCAUUACGUGAGCGGCUACCUCGUUGUCUUGAGAUCACUUCCCAGUCCUCUCCCCCUGGUAACACGGCUACCACCGCACGAGAGCUCAUCGACCGCGCAUCACGGUUAGAAACCACGUCCCAGCGGCUCCGCAUGAUGAGUCACAUCUACUAUUGUGCCGCCGCUCUGAAGCAGAUGAGCGAGUUAGGACCCGAGGAGUUUUUUGAGGAGUGUCUGCACGCUUCCAAUGAACGUUACUCCUUUGCCAGCCCCUUCAUUAUGACACUCCUAAUAUCGCCACUUGUCCUACUCUUCGAUACCAUUCUCACCAGCCCAUCAAUUCUCCCUUCCAUCACCGCCAUGGUGUCGCAUGCUGUCUUGCACGGGGGCCUCAGGCAAUCGAACGGCCCUCGGAAGGUGCUCGAAAAUGCCCUGUUUAAUCUCAUAUUUUCCGUUUCGCGGGCAGGCCAGAUUUCGCAACACGACCUUGACAGAUUCCACGCCGCGUGGACCAUGGUUCUGCCAUGUAUCCGCGCCAUUGGCCCAGACCCCAGGGACGUCGGGACUGGAUCCGCUCCACCCUUCUCAGAGCAAGUCUCGGGUCUGCAUCCCUCCACAGCUCAAUCCCCCGCAGCUGCCGAAAUCUCAGGCUUUGCCCCAACCCCGACAGUUGCCCACUCCCCCAUCACCACACCAUCGACCAUUUGCCCUCAGUCGGCCCCCAACGCUCCGGAUGAUAGGGAUGAAGAGUUUACUCUUGGUCCCAAGGGGCCCCAACAAAACUCGCCCUUCACCCAGGUGCCCUCAUCCGCUGGUCAGAAACGCGGUCGUGGAGAACGAUACGACCGUCAACUAGGGAACAGGAAACGCGCGCGGAAACGGGUUACAUCGGGAGCUGGACACAUCCAAGAAGUUUACGAGACCGAAGGAACGGUAGCCUCUAUAUCUAUAUAUUCUUUAGAAACCUGCAAGACGUGGCCCCACGUCACCAGUGUAGACAAAACGCUGGACGUCCCAGAGCUCAAUCCAGAUGCGAGGCCAAAGCUCCUCCAUUCCGUAGACUUGCCUGUCAUCUUUGUCGAUGAAGGGCAAACUUCCCGGAUGGAGACCUUCUUCUUUCCGUAUUGCGAACAUUCUCCCUCCCUACAGAAGUUGAGGCACUUCUUGGAAUCGCCCCAGCAUGAUUCCAAGUAUUGGAAGCCUGUUUUGAUGACAACACAGCAAGCGUUAGCGAUGGACGUACAGCGGUUCCAGGGUAUGGUCAACGACGGUACCCCGAUCGUCUUGGUGGACCGACUAGGGCAGGUCCCGUUUCUCGCACAUAGCUUCAUUAAUUUUCAGUCCAAGGUUCAGUGUCUCGAUUCUGACCAUAUUCCAUCGACCGACCACCCCCGGAUCCUACAAAUGACCGCGGGUGCUUUGAACGAGAUAUAUGAUUGGCAACGAUCCAGGCCAUUGAUCUUUACCCAGCCCACCACUGGUUGCUGGCAGCCGUUAGAGAAGCUCCUUAAUACUCGUGAGGUGGCACUGGCACUGGCAGAUUUUCCUCGAGACCGCGUCCCUGACCAAAGCUGGCGAUAUCCGAUUAUUGCAGCCGCUGGCUCUAUACACCCCCCUCAGUGUCCAAGCGGCGUUGGCACUUGCAUUCACUGUGCUAGUGGUUGUGCUGUUUUCUUUAUUCCGAUCCUAAAAGAAGACCAAUUUAUCAUGAGCUAUUUCAACGGCACGGACGCGCCCCACAACCUGGAUUUUUCAUACCUCUACGAGGCACCCUAUCGUUUUGGCUCUUUUGUUCUCUCACCUGGCCAAACGGUGGUCCUCCCUCCUGGCCAAGUCUAUGCCUACGCAGCAUUGCUUUCUCGAGACGCAAACAACGUAUUUAUCCCCGGAUGUAUCAUGGAGUGCUGGGACUUUCUUGCUGCUGGAUGCAUGAAGCGAUCGUGUUUCACGAGCUGGUUGCGUCGCAACUCGGCUCACCAACCCAAGAGCGAAGAAGCCUGGAAUUCUGCCUUCAAAGUGUCCUUGAUGGCCAUGGUGUCGAAUGCGGCGCGUGCCAUAUCGGCUCCGCACGGACAGCCCAUCCACUCCCCAGACAUUGCCAACCUUUUCUCAUUGGCAACCAUGGCCAUGGAGUUCAUUGGGGAUCAGCCACGCUUUUCCGAAAUGACCAAAUCAUUGAAGCGUUAUUGUGCACAGCGAGGACCGGACUCUUGUUCCCAAUUCCUCAAAGAAUUUUCACGCAUCAAAAACUGCCAUGAAGGCGACCCUGAAGUGUGAUCAGAAGCCCUUCAAAUAUUUAUUCUUAACAGUGAUCCCCACCAAGUUGUUGU